AUGCAACACAUGACAAUACAUACAGUUCAGGAUUUGAAGCGUAUAGAUUGUAAAUUUUGUAAAGAAGAGUUUAUCUCAGAAGGAGCUUACACACAACAUCUGAAGACUGCACAUUCUAAUGGUCCAGCUUUUCCGUGCAAGAAGUGCAGGGUCAUUUUAUCCAGCCCAAAGAAAUUGAGAGAUCAUAUGAUAUUUAAUCAUUAUAGUGGCAAGCUGUUUGUGUGCAAGAUUUGUAAAGCUCAUUACAAGAACAAAAAAUAUUUGAUUAAGCAUGAAGAUUCUGUUCAUUUCAACUUACCUUAUGAAUGUGACUUCGAUGGAAAAAAAUUUGCAACGAAACCUAGUUUAAUUUAUCAUAUGAUCACAUCACAUAUGAUAGACUUUGAGUUAUUCAAAUGCGAAGAAUGUCCAUAUACAUCAAAAUUAAAAUAUGCCAUGAAUAAACAUAAGAAGACACGACACUCAAAGAUUGCUUUUGCAUGUUCGUAUGAUGGUUGUUCAUUUGUUACUGCAAACAAACGAUACCUUCCGCAGCAUCGAUCGAAAGUGCAUGAUAAGAAGACCUUUGAAUGCAGUGAAUGUGGACACAAAUUCGGUUUACAAAUGAGUUUAAGAAAGCAUAUCAAAAAGGUACAUCAAAGUCAUCUUUUCGAGUGCGAUCUCUGUGGACUAAAAUUGAAAAAUAAAUGUUCAAUACGAGCCCAUAUGAACUGUGUACAUUUGAAGUUAAAAGAAUUUACAUGUCCCAUAUGUAAAUUAAAUUUUACUGAAAACGGUCAUAUGAAACGACACAUUGCUACCAUACAUGAUCGCAAGCGCAAUAGAGUUGGAGUAAAGUAUGAAUGUUCUGAUUGCCAGUUAUCAUUUGGCACAAAGAGAGAAGUAAAUCAACACAGAUUACUGCAUAGUAAAGGAAAACUCUUUAAUUGCACAAACUGUGAAAAACAAUUUGUUACUGCAGGACAAUUGUCUGAAAUGGAAAGGUUCAUCCGAAACGACAUAAUUCGAUCAAUUACGACAAGACUUCAAAUCUAUUAUGAUGCUUUGCUUGCAAAUGAUGAUGGUGGAAAUGAUAAUGAUGAAGAUCAGGAUGUUAAUAGCACAAUUCCACCGAGACGAGUCUUCUUUCAUCCUGUAAAUUCACCAAUUUCGUUUUGUGACUAUUUAUUCCAAAAUGAGAAUGAGGAAACGACUGUUAAACAAUCAAUGGAUAUUCUAGGUGUUGAUUUAGAUUCAUCUGAUGUUGAUAUUAGUGCUGAAGCUGUUGCACAAUUGAAAGUACCGGAAAAAUGUGACUCGCCUGGAAUUUGUGAAGAAACUGUCAACUUAACAACUAAUGACUCUGGAAAAUUGAUUUUGAUUUUGGGAAUUAUUGGAUUAGUUAUAGCUCUAAUUGUUUCUGUUGCAUUGCACUUCCUACUCAAAUGA